UAUAAUUCAUGUGAAUUUAUAGGAUAAAAUAAUUAGAAUUUAUAACGUGACAAAUUUGAAUUUUAUCUACGCGCGAUUAGUUGGUUCAAAUUCAUUCCAGAAGAUGGUGCUACGUAAAUACGAAUUCGUAAAUGCUCGAUUAACAUAACGAUGAAAAAUCGUGCGUUAUUAUUAUCAUGAAAACGCGACAUUAAGGUGUGGCAAGCAUCGGAGUACAAGUGACAUCAACUUCUGUGAAAAAUAUCUUGUGAAGAUUUAUCCUUUUUUUUACCAUAUUUUUGAAUCGAGAAUAUUAUAACAUCGAGAAUAAAAUAUCAAGAAUGACGGUCGACAAACAAGAUUAUCCCAAAGCAUCAAAUGCCGUAGUUUUUGGAGGCAUAAUAACAUAUAUCGCUGGAUUACUUUUAUUGAUGUCUUUUACAAGUCCGUAUUGGAUAGAAUCGUAUCAAGAAACGUUUAGUAAGUUCAAACAUAUGGGUCUUUGGGAGUAUUGUUUCGAACAAUUCCGAUAUCCGUAUUAUCAGUUUGACAAAUUAUUCGACGGAUGCCAUCACAUUUUUUCUCAAGAAUAUUUUGUCAUAAGAGAAUGGUUACUACCUGUUUGGCUUAUGGUCGUACAGGCAUUCGUCACUCUCUCUUUACUUUUGUCAUUUUCCUCGCAAGCAAUUAUCGUAUUGAUUUUAAUCAGAUGGCCGCUAAGAUUCGUAUUGCAUUACGAAUGGAUUCUCUCUGCCGCAGCAUUUAUAUUUAAUGCUACAACUGGUGUCUUAUUAUUUUUGGCAGUCGCUAUAUUCGGAGGUCAGUGUUGGCGCAGGGAUUGGUUAAUGUAUCCAAAUUUCAAUCAUUUGUCGUGGUCUUAUGGUCUUGCCGUUAUAUCUUUCAUGUUACAUUCAUUAGGUGCAUUUUUAUUAUAUUUAAAUGCGCGAGCGGGCUAUACGUAUCGUAAAGAAUCUCGUAAUCUCGUCAUGCAAAUGCAGCCUAAUCCACAAAGUCAUCAUGGCUCGCAACGAAGCGGCUACAUAUAAUCGAAGUAACGAACAAAGUUAUAUAGAAUCUAUAUCUUACAUAACACGAAACGAAGCCACAGUUGUACUUCAUUGCGCACAGUUCGACGAGUCAAAAAUGCGACGCAGUACAAUAUCCGUCCACGUUAGGUAGGAAGACUGAUAUCGUUUCAUUUUCUUUUCUUUUUUAUAUAUGUCUUAGAUUUAACAUCAUAAUUUCAGCAUUAUUAUUUUGCAAUGCAAGUACCAAUAGAAGAUUAUCGUAAAAGAACACGAACGAUGAUAAGAAAAAAUAUGUUAAAAAAUACUCUGUGGUAUGACUAAUCACAUAUUCCGCGAUUAUCGAAAUAUUUCUACGUAUAUUUUUUGUUUUUAUAUCUUGAGUUAUCCGCACCGAUCAUCAGCGUCAUUUUCUUUUCUUUAAUUUCAUAAUAUAUCUCGAUGAUCUGUAUUUAUAUUCAAUGAAAAUAAUUCGUUUUCGUUUUUUUUUUUUUUUUUUUUAGUUUAUAAUCUUUAAUACUUUUUGAUUUGAAAAGUUUCAAGAAUCUCUAUAUGCGACAUAAUUAUUCAAAUAACACAUAGAAAUAUAAUUUAAGAUUUAUCGUAAUUUUUAUACGAUCGUCGGACAAAGUCGGAGAUAUAAAAAGAAUAAGGAAAGUAAAAGGUCCGAUCGAUAGUUCGAAACUUUAAUGUCCGUCCAUUCUUCUUUCCAAAGACAAUAAAAGCUUAUAUAAAAUUA